AUGGCCAAUUCUGAACGAGGGGGAACGAUUCGUGAGUACAUUGAUGCCCGUAAAAAAAGCGGAAUGACGUGGGACGAAUUUCGCAAACUAAAAUCAGAUGAAGGCCCACAAUUUUCCGAAAUAGAGUUAAUCAAAUACCGUCGAAAAUUGGACGAAGAAAGAGAGGCAAGACUAAGAGGCUCUUCUGUGGGAUCUAGUAAAAAGAAAAAAAAGAAACACCAUCGUGAACAUAAGAAAAAAAGUAGAAGUGCUUCUAGAAGUCAUAGUAAAAGUCCUACAGGAAGUAGUUUAAGCAUCGAAAGAGAAGAAAUAGGCGAUUCUUCUGAUCACGUUCAUAAAGAACAUGAAGGCCGCGACCGUGUUGUAAAGGAGAAGAAAAACCACAAAUCUCAAAAACGUAAACAUCAUUCCGACGGAGAUUCUUCAGACUACGAAGGCAGAAAAGAUCAUGAUAAAGAUAAACCCCAUCGGGAAAGUCAUCAUCAUCAUCGUAGUCACUCUCAUUCUCAUAAGGUUUGUGGUUUUUAA